AGCGCCGGACACGCGGGAGCAGCAGCGGGAGCAGGAGGGAGCAUGGCAGCGUCCAGCAACUCCAGCCUGUCCGGCUCGUCCGUCUCCUCUGAUGCUGAAGAAUACCAGCCUCCAAUAUGGAAAUCAUACUUGUAUCAGUUACAACAAGAGGCGCCACGUCCCAAGAGAAUCAUUUGUCCUCGGGAGGUGGAGAACAGACCAAAGUAUUAUGGAAGAGAGUUUCACGGGAUCAUUUCUCGGGAGCAAGCAGAUGAAAUACUUGCCGGCGUGGAAGGCGCUUACAUUCUUCGGGAAAGCCAGCGGCAACCYGGCUGCUACACUCUGGCCCUCAGAUUUGGUAAUCAGACCCUGAACUACAGGUUGUUCUAUGAUGGAAAGCACUUUGUUGGGGAGAAAAGAUUUGAGUCGAUCCAUGAUCUGGUAACAGAUGGCUUGAUAACAUUGUACAUAGAAACAAAGGCUUCUGAGUAUAUAUCGAAAAUGACAACAAACCCCAUCUACGAGCACAUUGGAUAUGCCACUCUGCUUAGAGAAAAAGUGUCCCGGAGGCUGAGCAGAACAAAAAAUGAAUCAAGAAAAGCAAGUGUAACAAGUGAAGAAAACACCCCCGUGGAAAAGAUCAGCUCCCUGGUCAGGAGAGCAGCCUUAACUCAGAAUGACAACCAUUUCAACUACGAAAAAGCACACAAUUUUAAGGUCCACACAUUUCGAGGUCCGCACUGGUGCGAGUACUGUGCCAACUUCAUGUGGGGUCUCAUUGCUCAGGGAGUGAGAUGUUCAGACUGCGGGUUGAACGUGCACAAGCAGUGCUCCAAGUAYGUGCCCAACGACUGCCAGCCGGACCUCAAGAGGAUCAAGCGGGUGUACUGCUGUGACCUGACCACGCUGGUGAAGGCCCACAACACGCAGCGGCCCAUGGUCGUGGACUCCUGCAUCCGGGAGAUCGAGGCGAGAGGUUUGAAGUCUGAGGGCCUCUACAGAGUUUCCGGCUUCACUGAGCACAUCGAAGAUGUGAAAAUGGCCUUUGAUCGAGAUGGUGACAAGGCUGACAUUUCUGCCAAUAUGUAUCCAGACAUAAACAUUAUUGCUGGAGCACUGAAGCUUUACUUCAGAGACUUACCAAUUCCUGUGAUCACCUACGACACCUAUUCCAAGUUCAUAGAUGCAGCAAAAAUCUCCAAUCCUGAUGAACGACUAGAAGCAAUCCAUGAAGUGUUGAUGUUACUCCCUGCUGCUCACUAUGAGACACUUAGAUACCUAAUGAUUCAUCUCAAAAAGGUUACUUUGCAUGAAAAGGAGAACUUUAUGAAUGCUGAAAACCUGGGAAUAGUGUUUGGGCCAACUUUAAUGAGACCUCCAGAGGACAGUACCCUUGCUACUCUGAACGACAUGCGGUACCAGAAGUUAAUCGUGCAAAUAUUAAUAGAAAAUGAAGAUGUUCUCUUUUAGCCCAAUAGAGGCAUGUCUUCAUAGCCAUUUAUUUUGGAACAGUUAGUUUGAAGGAAAAAAUACAUUUCUUUACAAUUUUUAAAAAAUAAAGGAAAAGUUCCUUGGCUGCACUUCAAUUUCUGCAAAGUUGCAGAUAAAUGCCAAAAUGCUUAGGGAAGGCCUAUGUCUCAUAGACAUAUGCCUCUUUGUAGAAGGGAAAAAAAAAGGUCAGAAAAAAUCCUCUUACCUUGUAUCUUUUGCCUUGCCUCAGAUGUAUAUUUGUUUUGAGAAGUUACAAACAAUUUUAUUGUUAACUUAUUAAGAAACACAAAACAUAUUUUAAUAUGGCUAGAGAAGCAAAAAGGUACUUAAUCAGUGUUACUUGUAUACAGCUAUACAUUUUCCCUUGCCAUAAGACAUAAUUAUAUAUGUCAAUUGUGAAACAGAACCUAUAUUAUAAAGAUAUUUUUACUUUACCUAGCUGAAAGAAUGGCAUUUUAUUUUAGCAAACUAUAAACCAAUGCGGUGCAUUGAUUAUUUUCCACAUAAUUCCCUCCUGCAUUUUUGCUAUGAUACAUUGAAAACAGUUACCACUAAUGCAGUAUUAGCCUGACAUACCUCUUUCAUUGCAGAUGUUGUAAAGGAGAAUUCUUUCCCUAUGUGUAUUCCAACUUUCUUUAGGUUUCUUUCUUUAUAUUUUAGGCACUGGUGUUCUAAGAUUGUAUAGUAYACUUUUAGGCAUUUGCUCUUUCUGAAAAUGUAUAGUGUUUUGUCURUUUUUUUUCCUGUUUUUUUUUCUCCCACGUCAAAUAUGGUAUUGAGAAUUUUCAAAAGUUCUGGUGUCUUGGGACAUUGUCUUUGAGACACCGAGAGUCCUUGGUGUCUUCAAAAGUCCAUGGUCCUUGAGAAUUUGUAAAAGUCCAUCGGUUUCACAUGCCAGAUUUUUCUUGGAUUGCAGUAAUAUGUAAGUUAGGUGAUGCUGGGACACUGGAUAUUUUCUGGCCUUGUUGAAAAGUUAGCACUUUUUUGGGUUAAUUAUGAAGGAUUCUUUUUUCUGUAAAAAUCAAGCUAUGUUUUGUCAUGUUUCUGUAUUUAUAAACGUACAGUAAAACUGCUGAAAAUGUAGGUAUUUCUCUUGAAUGUGUUUCCUGAUGGUUUGUUUUUUAAAAAACAAGAAUGUGUAAGAAAUGUGGGAGUUGGUAAAUUUAAUUAUUACCAAAUUUUAAUAUGUUUCUCCCCUCACAAACAUUGACCUACAGAGUUCAUAGUCUAACUGCAACUUAUUCCUAAUGUUAAAACUGUUUCUCAGCAUGAGAUGUUUCUGCAAGCAUAGCAAAUCAGCAUACUUUACUACCAAACUCAAUUUCCAGUACAGAAAAAUAUAGAAUAAUCCCUCAUCUUGAUCAUUUGAAUCACAUGCUUGGUAACUCAGUGAUGCAGUUUCCUGAAUUAUUUCAGGGAGCGCUUGUUUCUAUUCAAAUUGAAAAAUAUGUGUAACUAUGAUAAUGAAGGGAGGUGAAGGGUAUUACUGUAAAUUUGUUGUCUUCUAGAGAUAUAACUAAGGGCUAGAUAGAUUAACCCUGACUGCAGAGCAAAUGCUAAAUAGUCUGAGUACCCAAUACUUCUAUAGAUCCUCCUGAAUUGUACAGGACUAUUUGUCGUAGGUUAUGUACUACUUAAUACUGUCAUAAAAAAAAUGAUC